AUGUCCCCAUACACGGGGUUUAAGAUGUGGCCCCUCAUGUUCUUAAUUGUUUGGGUGUCUGGGGUUUAUUCUGGUCACUCUCUCCGGCAUUAUCUCACUGCCGUCUCGUCUCCGGGACACGGGAUGCCGGAGUUCUCUAUGGUCGGGUAUGUGGACGGGAUCCAGAUAGAGAAUUAUAACAGCGAUCGCGGCCGGGCUGUCCCUGUCGCUCGGUGGAUGGAGAAAGCGGGACCGGAAUACUGGGAGGGACAGACACAGAAAGGCAGACGGCUGGAGGCUGAUUUAAAAUUCAGCGCAAGGACAUUAAUGAGCCGCUUCAACCAAACCGAAGGUGUCCAUUUUUUCCAGGUGAGGUAUGGCUGUGAGCUCAGCGAUGAUGGCAGCACCACGGGAUAUGACCAGCACGGUUACGAUGGGAGAGAUUUCGUUGUCUUGAACACCAGUCAAGGGGUUUAUAUACCGAUCAUAGCCGAGGCUCAGACGGCUGCACAGAGACUGAACAGCCCCGAGGUGCAAGCGGGUAAAGGAGUAAAGUAUUACCUGAGUGUGACGUGUAUUGAAAUGCUGAAGAAACACAUCAAGAACGGGCGAGAGGAGCUGGAGCGGAGAGUUCCCCCACAGAUCAAGAUUUUAGACCAAACUUCAAAUGGGACCACAAAGCUUCAGUGCCAGGUGUACGGCUUUUACCCCCGAGACGUAGGCGUGAAUUGGAAGAAAAAUGGGUCAGAUGUUCCCUCUCGUGAGGCCAAACAGGUUCUCCCCAAUACCGACGGCACUUACCAGAUCAGGGUCACCGUGGAAGUGACACCCGAGGAGGGUGACAGUUACUCCUGCCACGUGGACCACGGCAGCCUGGCAGAGCCACUCAUUGUGAUGUGGGAUCCAAGGACGGGCAGGAGCGGCUCCGCCGUGUCCAUCACCGUUGGGGCGAUCGCACUGAUUGGCGCGGCUGCAGUUGUUGGAUUUAUAAUAUGGAAAAGGUAUUCAGGCAAGAAACCUGAUUACGACUCUGUUAGCAGUAAGUAA